AUGCAUUUCUCCAAGGUUCCGGCUCUCAUCUUUGCCGCCGCGACGGCCCUUGCCCAAUGGGAGAAUUUCCCCGUUGCCCUUCUCCAUGCCGGCCAGAACUGCACGACGAGGGAAUGGGUCCCCGUCGAGAACAACACCUGCACCAGUGUCAAGGGCUACACGUAUGGCUAA